CCCGGAUAUAUUUAAGAAUCUUUGACGUGCGACUGGAAGCGUUUGGCACAAACAACAACACGACGAACGCAACGUUGAGCACUCAUGUCCUACACAGAAUCAGAAGAUCGCCGUCCGUCGACGAGCAACACCGCCUGGGGACCUCCUGGAAGCGUUUUUGACGACGACGUUCCGGGGUCGGCUGAUAGCGUGCGUCAUCAGAAGAUGCUUCGUCAACGGACGCUCAUGCAGCAGAAGCAGCGCGAAAAGCGCCUACAAACGGGAAUGGUUACGGCCAGCGAUGGCCCGGCUGCUCGGCCGUCUUCUCGCACGGGAAGUCGGUUGUCGAGGCCGGUUACGUCGCGCUCGAGUGCGUUUGGAGUCGACGAGCAACGGAAAACGACCGAGACGUCGAGUGUUCGCACGGACGCUCCUCAGUUGAACAACGACAAGUUUUCGCGGCAGCCCAGCGACAGAGUGCCGAUUGACAGUUCACUGACGUAUAGCAACCCGUUGACUGAGAGUCCAAUGCGAAUUUCGUCUCAGAGUGAUGUUGGAAGGCAACAGCCUCACACGGCAUCUGCUAUCCAAAAGAAGUUAGAGCAACGUGGCAUGGCUGGUAGUCUUGACUUUGUAGAACCAGCAGAAGAACAAGAUGCAAACGACGUCCAUGUCGAUAGACGUGGCUCUGAUUACGAACUAAAAGAUGAAACAGUACUGAAGUCGGUGUCUGCUGGAGCUCAGUCAUCACUUAUGGUUCCGGACACAUCUUCUAGGCCAGAGAGUCCGAGUUCACUUGGUUUAGUAGGUGGUAGUGGAUCAAUACCGAGAAUGAGACGUUUGAACGACAGUACAGUCGAGGCGAAGGCUGUGAGGAAGAAGAGUAAUGCCGUGCCAUGUUCUAUUGGUUAUGAUAUGGAUGAGUUGGAUGAUUUUAUACUUCGACCUGCUCCACAUGGUCAGACCAUUCAGUGUCGUCUAACGAGAGAUACACGAGGACUAGAUAAAAUGAAAUAUCCCUACUAUUAUCUUCACUUAGAACGCGACGAUGGCAAGAAGGUGCUGCUACUGGCUGCAAGACGACGUAAAAAGAGCAAGACUUCCAAUUAUGUUAUUAGCAGAGACUCUACGGAUUUGGCAAGAGAUGGUGAUAGCUUUGUAGGAAAACUGAGAUCCAACUUCCUGGGAACGCAAUUCACUGUGUACAACGAUGGGGUGAAUCCGUUCAAAGGGCGAGUGCUACCCGAUGCCUCCAACAUUCGGGAAGAAAUGGCUGCAACUCUUUAUGAGACAAAUGUGUUGGGAAUCAAGGGACCCAGAAGAAUGACUGUUAUUGUACCAGCAAUGGGACCAGAUCACACUCGGCUAAAAGUGAAUCCGAGACGAGCUGAUGACACUUUGUUGGAACGAUACCGGCGUCACGACAUGAAAAAUCUGCUCUGCUUGCACAACAAGACUCCACAGUGGAAUGAUGAGACUCAAUCGUACGUCCUCAACUUUCAUAGUCGAGUCACCAAGGCGUCAGUCAAGAACUUCCAGAUUAUUCACAACGACGAUGUUGACUACAUUGUCAUGCAAUUUGGUCGUGUAUCGGAUGAUGUAUUCACCAUGGAUUACAACUACCCACUGUGCGCUUUACAAGCAUUCGCAAUCACUCUGAGCAGCUUUGAUGGUAAACUGGCGUGCGAAUGACUAGAAUAAUUCAUAGAGAUGCUUCAUUUUAUGAACUUGAUUUUGAACUAUAGCAGCUCUAUGGUUUUAGUGUGUCUUGUACCCAGACUUGUAUACAAAUACGUUUCUUCAUUGUAGAAUGGCUUGUAGCUUUAGAUGGUUAGAUAUUUUAUUGUCACUUUGAACGUAGUGUCAUGUACAUGAUUAGAACAGAACUAUUGCACUAACUCCAAGGUGCACAUUGCU